AUGAGUAUUUUUGCAUCAUCCAAUUUUGGGAUACCAACGCCACCAUCGGUAUGCGAGGAUAAUUUGUGCGCGAAAAAUUCAUUCUUUCCGCCUUUCUCGAAAAAGAACGAUGAGCAUUUCUACUCUGAUUCUCCCUCAUCCACAAACGGGAUGACUGAGACCUAUUCAUCUGAACCAGCAAGAACUCCUUAUAGAUCACCGGAUCAAGAUGAAAAUCAAAAAGACCCUGGGAUGAUAUUUAGAUUCCCAGUUGUUUUUUCCGACAAUAAAUCGUCUCCGUCGUCUUCAUCUUCGUCUCUACAAAAUACGCCCGCGAUUACUGUAACCGAAGAUCCAUUCAAUAAUAGCAAUGAUAACGAUGACGUUGAUAACCAGUCAUCAACUCUUGAUUAUUAUUCAACAAAAGCAAUUCCUACUCCAUCAGCGACUAUUAUUCAUCGACCCCUGUUGUUGCCUGAUGUAGUACGCUCGAUUAACCAAUCGAGAAGAUCGAAAUUGAGAUCAAGACCUAUUACUCGAGCAAAGAAUAAAAAGGAAGAUCAAUUUAAUUUUAAUACGGGAUUGGAUUUACUUUUUGAUGUGGCUAUUUCUACGAACCAAUCCUUUUCGAAUAGUGAGGCUCAUCAAAUCCACCAGGAAAAUUUAUUAAAAGUUCCUCGUCAUAAUUCAUCAGCAUCGUCUCAAUCAUCCACUAAGAUGCCCAUCAAUAAAUUCCUUUCUCGAUCCUCUGGUCGUAAUCCGCACACAUCUAAUGGUGCCACUACUAAUAACAGUUCUCGCGCUAGCACUACUACUAUUAAUUUCUCAUCACCAUCUACUGGACAUUUUGAUGCAAAUAACAGUAAUGCAGCAAAUACUUCAUUUUAUUAUAUUGCCGAGAAGCGACGAACCUCAACAUCACUUUCAUCCUUGUCAUCUAUGCCCACUUCAGAUUUAAGUGAUCUUGAUGCUGAUUACGGAGAUGAUGAAGACGAUUUCUCACGGAAUUCUAAACAAAUCAAAUAUGGAACCGGUUCUGGUCUUGGAAUUACAAUUACACCAGCAACGCCAUCAUAUAAUAAUAGCAAAAAUAUCGUCAAGACCAAUAAUAAUUCCCUAGCAAUUAAUACUAAUUCUGCUGCCACUAUCACCACUACUAUCAUCAACACCACAACUGCAAGAGAACGUAAAGAUACAAAUCAUAGAACAAAAGUUUGUGCUAGUUGUAGAACUAAAAGUACACCUUGUUGGAGACCUGGUUGGCGACCUGAUCUUUUCUUAUGUAAUAGUUGUGGAUUGAGGUACAAAAAGACAAAAUGUGUUUGCCCGAAUUUAGACUGUAGAUACAUUCCGUUGAAAUCAGAAUUUAACGCAAUGUUUAAAAAGCAAAAGAAUGGCGGCGAUAUACCGGAUGCAAAAAGAUGUUGUAAAUGUGCAAGUUUUAUUGCGAAUAAUGGAAAUUGGCGAGUUUAA